GAAAAAUGCCCAUCAAGACCAAAUGAAUUAUUUGGACGGUUGUUUAUGAUCUCUAAGUUACAUACAAAGUUCUUUGAUCUCGCUUUCGUUCUGAAUUUCAGCUCGAACUAAGCAUAAAUAGAAUAAACGAAAAGAUUUUAGCACAAUAGUUUGUGGUCACAGAUAUAACAGUAAAUGAUAUUUAGUCUUGUUUGUAAUUUCUCGGAUGUUGUAUCUUUUACUUGCAGAAAUGAAUAAAUAAAUAUUAACAGUUUGACAGAAAAAAAAAUUUUUGAAGUUGAUGUACUGUUCUUAGUGUUUAUGUUCCUUUGUUUUUUUCUUCAGGCCAGUUUUUUGGGAAGCCCAAUCAUUGAUCAGUCGUUAGUUGAUCUUGCAUUAAAAAUUCCGAAAUGUUUGUCUGUUUCCCGGGUUCUUGUUUUAUACACUGGUGGUACUAUUGGAAUGAAAUGCCUAAAUGGUUCUUAUUGUUCUGUGGAAAACUUUUUUCUUCCCACCUUAAAUAAGAUGCCUACAUUUUGUGAUUCAGAAUUUCAGGUUCAUAUAGACCAAUUUAAUAUUGAACACCUACAUCAUAGACUAUCAAAAACUAAAGUUUCACCUCAUACACGUUAUACUCAUUCAAAAUUUUCAAAACGUGAAUCCAGUUUAACUGAAUCAGACCAUAUACAAACUUAUGCUUUACCGACUGAUAAAACUGGACAUCGUAUUUUAUAUACAAUUGUAGAAUAUUGGCCAUUAUUGGAUUCAUCUAAUUUAAGUAUGAAUGAAUGGAAACGUAUAGCACAAGAUAUUUACGCGUUUUACAAUGAAUUCGACGGAUUUGUUGUAUUACAUGGAACGGAUACACUUGCUUAUACAGCAUCAGCUUUAUCAUUUAUGUUAGAGAAUUUAGAUAAACCAGUUGUUUUAACCGGAGCACAAUUACCGGUAUUCGAAUUUCGUAGUGAUGGAUGGAAUAAUUUUCUUGGUGCAUUAAUGAUCGCUGGUGGAAAGUAUGCAAUUUGUGAAGUCACAGUGUUAUUUCAUGCUAAAUUAUUUCGUGGCUCUAGAAUAGUAAAAUGUUCGAGUAAUAAUUUUGAUGCAUUUGAGUCACCAAAUUAUCCAGCAAUUGCUGAAUUAGGAACUGAAAUAACCGUUAAUUAUGAUUUAAUUUUUCGAAAACCUGGAUUACCUAAACCAUUUUGUGUUCAUACAAAUUUAUGUCAAGAUGUUGCAAUACUAAAUAUAUUUCCAUUAAUAUCUAAAGAACAUAUUAUUUCAAUGUUAGCACCUCCUAUUAAAGGAGUUGUUCUUCGGACAUAUGGAGCUGGUAAUAUUCCAUCUUCCCGUCAGGACCUACUGGAUGCACUAAAAGAAGCUUCUGAACGUGGUAUACUUAUGGUAAAUGUCACACAGUGUUGGCGUGGUGGCGUUAAAGCAGUUUAUUCAACUGGGAUGGUUCUCAAUGAAUAUGGUGUAACUCCGGGAUAUGAUAUGACAACUGAAGCAGCACUUAUCAAAUUGGCCUAUAUAUUGAGUAAAACAGAAAAUAAAGAUUAUUCCUGUAAACGUGCAAUGUUAUUAAAUAGUUUAAGAGGUGAAGUGACAGUUGAAGGAGAAGACUCUAGAGCAGCUAAUUUAUCACUAUAUAACAUAAGUUGUUUCAAUCAAGAUAGAAAUCUUAUGAUAUAUUUUGCCAAAUUAUUUUCAACAGCUUCGUUAGAUGAUUCAGAAGGUAUUGGUUCAAUGUGGGUUCAGCGUAUGAUACCGACACUUGCGUGUUGUGCAGCUGCAUCAAAUAAUUUGUCAUGUUUAAAAGAAAUGUAUCAUAUAAUUGGUCAUUUACAGUUAUUUGACACCGAAGGAUGCACACCACUGCAUAAAUCAGCUUUAUAUGGUCAUAUUUCAGCGACGAAAUAUUUAUUAGAAUGUGGUGUAUCGGUUCAUAUUGCAGAUAAAAGUGGAUAUACUCCACUUCUUUGUGCUUUAAAUAGUCUAAUGUUAUCUUCUGAAUUGGUACAGUUAUUAUUAGAUGUUGGUGCUGUAUUAAAUUCUGAAAGUCAACUUGUCACUAAACUGGUUCAUCAAGCUGUUUCAAAUGGUGAUAUUCAAAGGUUACGCUUAUAUCAAUUGUGUGGAUAUUCAUUUUAUAAUAUGGAUGAAGAAGGUCGUUCAGCUUUACAUGUAGCUGUUACACAUCGGCAAUUGAAUUCCAUUAAAUUUCUCAUCUCACCAAUAUGUAAUGAGGAAAACCUUCGCGAUAAAGAGAAGAUCAAUGUAGGAGAAACAGAACUGGAAUACGGUGCUGGUGUUGAUCCAAAAUGUCGAACAAUAUGGGGUACAAGUGCAUUAGAUGAAGCGAAACUCCGACAUUUCGAUGAUAUUGUUCAACUGCUGGAGAAAUAGCAAUGAUCAGUUCAAAUUAUACACAAAAGAAGACUAUGAAAAUCAAAGGCAAUAGAUGGUGGAUUUUAAAUACACUUGACAGUUCAUUUGAAUAUUCAUUCCAUAGCGGGUUUUCUUUCUUACUGAAUACUUUAAUUCAUUAUUGUUGUGUUUGUUAGUUGAGUUGCUUCGUUUAUUGUUACAUUCUAUUCAAAUUCUUGUUUUAUUCCCUUAAAAUUGCACACUAUCAUUACUGUUCAGUUACUUUAUUUUCUUUAUGUCAAUUUCGAUAUUUCGACUGUUGUAUAUUAAAUAGAUUUUCCAUUUCCCUUUUGGCCAUUCACUUUUCUUGAAGAUGUUAUGUCUACAUUUCUUUCUUUACUAUUCUAAUUCAAUUGUAAAUAGAUUGACUCACUUAAGUCAAUAGAUUUAUUAUUAUUAUUAUUCUCAAAAGACCAUAUAAUUGUUGAAUUUAUUUUGCACUGUUAUUAUUAUUAUCAUUCAAUAUUGUAAUUAAAUUGAACAUUUACUUAACCAAGGAA